GCCAGUGUUGCUCUGUCUGGAAAAGCUGCACCCAGGGAUAUCUUCUGGAUGAUCACAAUCUGGAAACCAGAUAUCCUGUUAGUGUUGACCAACAGGGCCCGAGUCCCACGGCCCGCAUCUCCAUUUUCGGAGCAGCGCGAUCACGGACAAUACAGUAGACUCACCCCGUAGCUUUUUUCCUUUUUUUCUAUACAAUCUGCUAAGACCGAGCUCAACGAUCUUCCAUUGCAGCAAUGUUGCAAUAGGAGGUACACUUCGAACAGCUUGACAAAUUUGCAGCUGCGGCAACCACCUCCAACUUCAACUCUCAUCAAACAUCAAACCCAACGCCAUAAAUGGCGCCCUUCACGGUGCAAUUCGCUCGUCGUGGGAUGGCGGUGAAUCCCUCAGCACUUAGGCACAGUGCUGGGAUUACAGAUACCGCUGGCCUCCUAUCACAAGGUGCUGCUCGCUGGCGAGACAUCUCCAGCCCGGUAGUUGCUGCCCCGCCUCUAUAUUCUACUACCCCGCUAGCGGAUCGCUCAAGACGCAGCGGUUUCCCCGUC